ACAUUUCUGAAUUCUUUGGGUGUGGCUCCAAGCAAUAAAAUUAAAAAAAUAGCCGUGAAAUCAGCAGUGAGAUGGAAGGAGAGACUGCGAGCCGUUUAUUCCACGAAGGAGGCUUCCUCAUAUUACUUGAAGUGCCUCAGGGAACAGAGAUUGGUAUAGACUACAACUCAUGGAACGUGGGGCCGAAAUUCAAAGGGAUUAAGAUGAUACCCCCGGGACUACAUAUGAUAUACUACAGUUCAGUUAGUAAAGAUGGAAGGGAGACAGGGCCUCGUUGUAGCUUCUUUCAUUUCUUCAAACCGAAGGAGAUUUUGGUACGAGUAUGGAAUCCUAGAGAUGAAGAACUGACAGAAGAAAAUGUUGACCAACUACUGAUAGACAGACUGAGAGAAAAUUUAUAUGAAAUGGAUAAUUGUCUUGGUCCAUAUCCUUACGAGCAUUUAAAGAAAUGGCUGGCCCUUACCAACUAUAUCACACCUUCUCUUGUUGAGAGGUAGAGAG